UUCCUAUGUAUGGACAACAUGGCGUCGUACAUCUUCUGCUUUCGAUGCUGUGGCAAUGGUACAUUUGGAGGAGGUCAUGUACAACUGAAAGAAAUCCCAGUUGUCAAAUUAGACACAACGCACGUUGGAAAUGAUGUGGUCAUUGUAAAAAAUGGUCGCCGAAUUUGCGGAACAGGAGCAGCACUGGCUAAUGCUCCCAUUGCACAAAACAAGGCAUACUUUGAAGUUAAAGUUCAGUGCACAGGAACAUGGGGUGUGGGACUUGCAUCGCGGAAGUGUGAUAUCAAUGCUGUUCCUCUUGGAAGAGACAUGGAAUCUUGGGUUUUACGACAAGAUGGUACCUUAUUUCAUAAUGGAGAACAGAAAGGAAAACUUACAGAAUAUCCACAAGAAGGGGAUAUUUUGGGUAUUACCUAUGAUCAUAUAGAGAUGAAUUUCUUUUUAAAUGGAAGUCCUCUGUCUACACCCUUUGCGGGCAUCAAAGGCACAGUGUAUCCUGCCUUUUAUGUAGACAAUGGUGCAGUAUUAGAUGUGCAGUUUGACAAAUUCUAUCAUCAGCCACCAGAUGGCUAUGACAGCAUCAUGAUAGAGCAGUCUUUACUUUGAGACAUGCCCCACAGGAUGGAGCUGCCUCUCAAGGGCAGAACAAAAGCUUUCAAUCCUGCAUGAAUUUUGUCUUGUCUACUUUUUUUUUUUUUAACAAAGACUGUUACUGGUCUGUUAUAAAUUUUCAUUUUUUCUCUAUCAUAAUGUUUUGCAAUUCACAUGCUUUGACAUCAUUAGAUACCUUACAGUAUUUCUCCCAAGAAAUAAAAAGGUUGUUAUAAGCAGUCAUCUAAUCGCUUGUUUUAUAAAUUGCAGCAUUUGGAAGAAUUAAAAAUUUUAGAAAAUAAUUUUUCCUCUGUCAUAGAUUUUUAUCUAUAGACAUCUAGAAAAUAAUUGGGUAACUUUUCACUUUUACUUUACAUACAAAUUUUUCAAGAAAAGUCAGGAAUACUAGUUUAAAAAAAUAUUUUCUUUGAGGAAGAAUUUUUUUUUUCUCUAAAAAUGGUUAUACAUGAUGUGAGUGUUAAUGGCAAGUUUAUUGAAGAUGUUUUUUGAGUGUAUGAAUAUGAAGUGCAAUAGUGUAGUGCUUUCUGAUUUCAUUUUGUAGAAUCCCAAAGCUCUGUACGUAUGUGGACAUGUAUUUAAAUAUGUGUUAUAUAAUAAUAAGAUAUAUGUAAUGUUAUAUAAAGUUAUACAAAUAUGUGGUUUGUGUGGGAAAGUGGGGGAUCGUUAAGUGUGUGCAAGUGCAUUUGUGUGUGCACAUAAAUGUGUGGAUGGAUAGAUGAGUAUAAGAGUGAAAAGGAAGUAAGUGUUUGACUGUUUGUCUGGUGGCAAAUGCAUGCUACCUUUCAGUUAGAAAAGGACGAAAUUUUAUGUACCUUUCCUAUUGUUUUCAAACCACUAACCUAGCACUAAAAGUAUUUUGAGUUGUGUAACCUAGACUGAAUGCAAACUUCUAGUUUAAUUUUUUUUAAAAAGGGGAGGGGGAAAUUGACCCAUUUAAGCCUAAUGGCUUUUUCCUCCAUUUGCUACCUUUAUGUUAAUCUUGACAUUUUGAGAUCUUAGAUCACGUUUUCUCAUAUAUUUAAGCAAUUCAAAUGUUGGGAGUAAUCUUAUCUGAAAGCCAUGCACAUCUGCACUAUUUACUAUAGGAUUUCAUGCUAUGUGCAAAGUAUAAGUGAAAACUGAAAUGUUAUUGCAGUUGUAUGUUACAUUCAUUGUUAUCUUUAUUAUCAAAUAUACAACAACCCCAAAUGUAUAAGAUGAGAACAGUUAUAUACCAAGGAAGUUAGUCAUGUAGCCCCAUGUAGGGAAAGUUUAUCACGCUCUCUGCUUAUGGAAAUGUAAGCCUCACAUCUAUAAUAUCGCAAAGUCUGCAAUCUUUAGCUGCAAACUAAAUGCCACCAUAUAAGCAUUAAAUAUUCUACUUUUUCAAUACAUGAUUAUUAUCUGUAUUACAUUUUAUGUUUUUAUUCUGUCUUCUGGAAAUAGUAACACUACUCCAUACAUUCUGAAAAGGCGUAUCUCCACCUGACGGAAAACGUGAUCUUCAGAGUCAUCAUUUUUCUUUUUCUAUAAUUAAAAUGUGCAACUUUUUACCCCUUAUGUAAUUUGAGUAUGCAAGAUAAAAUUUCUUUCUCUUCUUAUGUGAUGAACUGACUAACCAUUACAAAAUUUCCAAAAAUUUCCAUAUUCCCUUGUCAAAAAUGCUGAUCUUUGACCUUAUUCUUGAAGUCUGGUGUUUUUUUCAUUUCACUGAUAUGGAGAAAGGAUGACACUCUAGUAGUAAAAGACAGUGGCAGAGAAAACUUAGCUCUUGUGGAAUUUCCUUGGGGAAGGGAGUGUUUCUGCGACUAUAAACCACCACAUUCAUAGUCUUAUAAAGAGCUGAAGUUAUUCUAAUCUUACAGAAGCUGAAUACUUAUUCAGUGUUCAUUAAAAUUGCUGUAUUUUAAUCUUGAAAGGAACCACCACAAUUUUUUGUAUGCCAUCUUUUAAAAACACUUCAACAGUCGGCUUGUAGAAGCACAUAGAAGUAUUUUAUGCAAAUACAAGUUUCAUUUUGUUCACACUUUAUAUACAAUGUUAGAAGAUAGACAAUUUUUAAACACCUACACACUGUCAUCCAUCUUUCAUUCAACUUGCCUAUAGAACGUUGUAGCAAAAAAAUAAAAUCUUUUUCCACCUCUUAUUAUUGUGUGUAUAUAUAUAUAUGUUUUCCAGUACUACAAAUAUUGUGCUUGUAUAAAUAGUGUUUGUGAUAUUUAUGUUGCAUGAAAUAAAGGUAUCUAGAGAGGCAUCUCAGUACUCAUCUGUAUGUUAUCUACUGUAAUUUGUACUUCAUAGCAUCAAUUCUGCAACGUGUAACAAGUGCUUGUACAAAGCAGCUUAUGUGUCAAUUUACAUUCAUUACAUUUUGCUCCAUUCUGAUUUGUAUGCGAUGCUUCUUCAUUGGCUUGUUAAGUGAUAGGUAUGUUGGGACUGUCACUGCUGAUAGUUUCUUGGUACAGUUGAUGCUUGUCAUACUUUUGUUGUUGAGUGGAAAUAAGGUUGUGUUCAAGUUGUAUAGAGUUAAUGAAGAAUUUAGUGAAUUGAAGUUCAAGAUGCUAAGUUUCCUUUGAAUUUUUUUGUGAAUGGGUCUGUGCAUACACACUGCAUAUCUGUCUCUUUGUAAUUAUUUUUUCAGGUGCUGUGAUGUUCAGAAAUAAUCUGUAGGUCUAGGCAAUCCAAAUCAGUCCUGAAACAUUGCUUGUAUUUUUAUCAUUUAAUAGAAAAAUUAGUAGGUUGUUUCUUAAACAUUUUUCAUUAUUGAAAAAAAUACUGUUUUAAGUAGUCUCGUCUACAAGUUAAGUGUUGAAAAAAUGCAGUUUGUUCAUUUUGCUCCGACUCAGUUAUAUCAAAUAAGAUCAUUUUACAAGUAAAAACCAGAAAAAGGCUAAUCUUUUUCAAGAGUUUAAUAUUAUUAAUUGAAAUAAAACUGUGAUUAUUUUGUCCUUGAAGAUGAAAUAGUGUGGAGCAUGAUCGAAUGUAAGUGGAAAGAGAGCUGACUGUUAACUACAGGUUUGUAGUUCUUCAGUUUAUAUAAAAAGGUAAAGGUCAUCCCCCUAACCUUUUCUGGUCAUUGGGGGCUGAGGUAAUAGAGAUUUCACUUUUCUUGGGGAGCAGCUUUUACUUGAGAGCAGUGCCCAUCUCCUCCCCCUCGCUGUUUUAACCUUCCCCAACCCUUCCUGGAUUAAGGUACCCAUUCCCACCUAGAUUCGACAGGUUUGCUGCACUAAUCAGGCAUUGAACCAGCCUGCUAUCACUUCAGACACCAGUGCUCUAACCACUUCCCUGAGUUUAUUUGGCGAGUUUUUGACAUGCGUCCCCAAAGCUAUAAAAUGAUCUUUCUAAUGCAUGAUGAGAUUGAAGUCUGAUAUUGCAAACCACAGCACUCAGCUUUGCCACUAAAUCAUGAAUUUCAAAUUUUUAUCUUUUGUGUGGCACAUUAUAGAUUAUGUGCAAAUUUGGAUGUAGUUAGACCCACAGAGUUUGUAACUUUGCCUUUUAUAUUUUAGAGGUGAAACAUAUCGGUAAUUCCUGCAGAAGAGAGCGGCACACUCUAAAAAAUCAAAAUUAUGAUUUUAUGUUGAGUAUGAUUGACAGUCCAUUGUGUUGAAGGCUCUGGUAUGUACAUAUACGUGCAUACAAGUGCUUGCAUGUGUAAGAGUUGUCAUGUACAUCAUUGUAUAUAAACCAUCUUUGCUUAUUGUAGAAUAUGGGGAAUCAUAAGAUCUUGCCAAAUAUGACAAUAUUGACAUGACAGACUGUAGUGUGCAUCCAGCUUACACCUGUCCUCAUUACCAAUAUUUUUAAUUUUAGGUUCUUUUAGUUGUGAGGAGCAUCUGGCCAAUAACAUUUGUGUAUAUCAUGAAUUUAAAAUAUUUGUGAUUCAUAUGGAAACAAAUGCUUUGCAAUCUGCUGUGAUUGUAUCCGUUUUAUGGCAUUCAGCUUAGUGUGUACAAGAAAAUAUAAGCUGCAGUCCAUCUUGGGUUUUUUUUUUAAUGUGCCAACAUUUUUACCUGUUACGACGGGAAUACCAGUAAUUUAUGUACCUCCAAAAACAGAGUAACUUGCACUAAGUAGUGAACUUUUGUGUAUCUAAAGAUUUGAAUUAAUUCCAUCUUAUUUUUAUGCUGGUUAAGUAUCCAUGCUUUUAAUUUGCUUAAGCAUGGGUGUGGGCUCUGCUCCCUUUCUGUUCCAUUGAACUAUUUACUACAGUAAAUGCACAAGUCCUUUCUUACGCUGGAAGAUGGAAGUACGCUUUCUUGUUCUCAAGAAUAUGCUAUAUAAAUAUAUGUCUGUAUGCAUCAGUUGUUGUAAUGGUAUGUUUAGGAAUCAUUUACUCUGAAUAACAUAUAUUUUCUCAAGUAACAAGA